GCACAGACUCUCGAGUUUGGAGCCGCGCGCCGCCAAACGCGUAAACGCACGCGCGCCGUCGUGAGGCUGCGUGAGGCUGCCCGGCGCAAGCAGCGGACGCCUCGUACCAGGCAGACGACCAGUCGCCGCGAACCGAGUGAACAAAAAGGGCAGCCAUGAGUGGGAGCGGCGUCUACACCCUCGCGCCGACGGGCGAGCGCAUCUACGAGGGCCAGUCGGCCUUUGGCGCGACCCCGGACAUCGACGAUCCGGACUUCGAGGUCAAGCAGCCCGGCCACAGUACGAAAAAGAAGGACGGCGAGCCCCCUACCAUAUUUGACAUGUUGUUACAAAGACAAAAAGAAACGAUACGACCUUUAGAAUCGUAUUCGUUGUUCGUCGGGCCGAAGGGAGGCGGGAAAUCGUCGUUGUUGGCCUUGCUGCAGCCUGCGGGUACGGUCCGAGACACGCCCAAGCCGACUGUAGCUCUGGAGUACGUCUUUGCUCGACGGUCGAAGAACACGUCCACGUUGAAAGACGUGGCCCACAUCUGGGAGCUGGGUGGCGGCAUGAAGGGCGACGGGGUGGCCGAGUUGGUCGGUGUUCCGAUUACGACCGCGAGACUACCUACCGCAGUACUCGCAAUAGUGUUGGAUCUCUCGAAACCACAAAAUGUGAUACCGGCCUGUCUGCACUGGCUCACGAUGCUCAGAACUCAUGUACAGUCAAGAUUAGAUGAUCUACGGACCUCGGGAAGUUCAGAUCUGUGUGGAAAUCAACCAGUGUGUCGGGUGCACCCGACAAUUCUUCACUAAGCCAUUUCUCGGCGACGACGCGGCCGCGCUGGCUCCGUCGAGCGGUGGGGAACCGGCAUCGCCACGCCAUCGAGCAGGCGACGCGUCGAUGGCGUGGAGGACGACGCGAUGAUUCAGCACGACCGCGCCGUAAAAUUUUGAUUUCCACACAGGUUCAGAUGCAGCCAGUGAAAUGGAGGACAAGGCUAAAGAGUCGUUCCAGACGAUCUGGCGGAAGAAGCACAAGAAGGAGGACCACCCCGACCGGCGGAACGUGGAUGCGUGCGCGGUGCCGCUCAUGAUCGUCGCGAACAAGUGGGAUAGCAUCAAGGACGAAAAUAAUCCACUGGCUCGAGAUAGGUUAGGGUUGAAGGCCCUGUGCCAGGUUCUAAGGUUCUUGGCUCAUCAACAUGGUGCUUCGCUAGUAUUCACCUCAUCAAAGGACAAGGCGCUGAACAAGCAGUUCCGGUCAUUACUAUCUUUUACGUUGUUCCACAAGCUCGAUAAAGCCAUGCGGACCGAAAAGUCCCCGGAUAAAGCUAUCUAUGUGCCUCGAGGCGCGGAUACCUUUGAUGAACUAUUAGCGGCGGGGCCGGUGGCUCUCGACGGCAUAAACCAGUGCAUAAAUCAAAUUGUCGCGGCUCCACGCCAUCGACGCGACGCCUGCUCGAUAGCCUGGCGGUGCCGGUUUCCCACCGCUCGACGGAGCACCCGCCUCACUGGUUGAUUUGUGCACAGGCAUGAACCGGCGCGGACGCGUGAACGACCGCGACGUCCAGGAGACGUUGAUCAAAGCUUUAGCGGAGUUCUUCGGCGAGGCCGAUGCGGAUGCGGCGCCGAAACCCAUGGAGGAGGAUCCCGACGCCCUGGAGACGGAGCAGGCCCGACUGAAAGAGGAGGCCGAUGAGUUCGCGGAGCCGGUUGUUGAUGAGGCAUAUAAACUUAAGAUGGAGGCCCUGGAAAAAUACAGGCAAGAACAGUUAAGAAAAGAGAAGGAGAACGCCUUGGCCGAGAAGCGGCGGGAGAAGCGGCGGCGCGAGGAGGCGAAAGCCAAGGCCGAGCGGCUGGCGAAGCUCGAGGCGGAGCAAGCUGAGAGAAGGGCCGCUAGAAAAGCUAAAAGGGAGGCCGAGCAGGCCGAGGCUUUGAAAAGAGCGCAGGAGGAAGCGCUUAAAGGACCGCCGAAGGAGGCCGAGGCGAAGGCCCCGGAGCCGUCCGCGCGGGAAGCCAAACGCGGCGCGAAGGAGGCGAAGCGAGGGGCGAAGCAGUCGGCGAAGGCGUCGUCGUCCUGAGUAAUAUUCAAGAAAGUA